AUGUCAUCGGAUGACGUGUUCAACGGAUUCGAUCGUUUGGACUCGUCGGGCACCGGCAAUCCAUCGGACGUGCUUGACUUUCUCAACAGUUCCGACAAUGAAAAUGAGCUGACUGAUCCACCCAAGGUUCUGGAAAAUUCUGCCGCAGAUAAGACUUCAGAGGACGAGUCUGCCAAUGAGGAUGCUCCUUCUUUGACCCUGUCCAUUACAAAUGUGGUUGUCAUGGCGAGUAUGCGAUGCCAUUUACGACUAAAGGAAAUCGCUCGUUCAAGUGUAGAUGUGGAAUAUAAAGCAUUGCAAAAUCUGGCAAACGUGAUCGAUUCGUGCGGGAUAGCUCAAGUCGGUGUUCUGCUUCGUGAAGCGAGUCUCCCGACUUACGACACUUCCUCUUCACCUUUUGUCCACUCAGUACAGGUAAUCGCCUCCAUGCCUAUGGAUUGGUGGAUUGAUCCACCCUUACUCCUAGUCUAUUUGAUUGUUAUCAUCAAACCUUUGAUUCGGUUCCCGUUGUACUACAGUCACAUGUGGGCUGGAACUCCGUUCUUUUCCUCGUUCAUCGCCCUCGGCGAAUGUUGUUCGGUGCAUUGUUUCUGUCGUGCCCGAUCCGCCCAGUCCUACCCAUGUCUUAUCAAACGUGUUGGUUCCAGUUUAGAUACCAUCAGUGCUUUGGUCGAGGAGUUGGUCCCGUUGGCAGCCUUGCAUCAAACUGACGAACCGGUCUCCGAUAGUGACGCGGAUGAAGAACAACAGAAGGCAGAAAUGCGAGCGGCCACUGCGGCCGCACGUCAAAUGGUGUUUCUUCCAGAGGGUCUUCCACUCGAUGAAUUGGGCUUAAUCGAAGAUGAGGAUGAAGAUCCAGAUGCAGAUGAUUACGCUAGCGACAGUGAUGGAAGCAGCGUUAACGCAUCUAGUCGAUAUCGUUCCGGAAUGCCCUAUUCUACUGACGAUUCGACUGACAGUGGUGCUUCUAUCGAUAGUGGUGGUAUGAGUACUCGGCCGAAACGGCGACGCAAACGUCGAACAAUUGCCGCGACAGCGCAUUCAUCCUACACUCAAUCUCUUGGUUCAAUUCUCGGUUCUAAAUCCUCGCAGAACUGUUCAAACGCCUCCCCAUUGCAUCUGAUGACCGCACGUGAGGCAGCCAGUUUAGCGUUUGCCAAACGUGCCAGUGGAGAUCUAAUUGGAGCACGUGGCCUCGUAGCUGCAGCUGCCGAGGUUCGUCGACAACAUGAACUUGGAGAACUGCCUCUUUCCGGAGCUUCUACUGUCGCGUCAACCGAGGCAACCUCUGGUUCCACCGUGUACAGUGAUCCAACCUGGUCUCGCAAAGCGGUCGCGUCGGGUUCUACAAAACGUGCAUGUGUCGUCACCUAUUCGGGUACAGAGGACAGUGGUGCCGAGUCUGCGGAAAAUAUGUUAUCUCAGUCACCCCAAUCCAAUAUUAUGAGCAUUUCCCCGAAUAUCCCAACCACCACUCAGUUCGUGAAUUUCAAUCCCCUCCCAAAUGCUCAAACCUAUCAAGUAUAUCAGCCGAAUAUGUUCAUAAGCUCUCCGGCAGUGUUCUCUACAAAUGGUGCGCCUAUGCAACCGGGAACCGCCACAAUUUUUUCCGGCGGAAACGGUGGUGUUUUUUUCAGCGGAAUGCCUGCCGGUCUGGGCCCUGCGCUCUGUGAUAGCCAGAAGUAA